GAAAGGUCCCCGGGAGGAGAUUGUGUAUGUGCCCUGCAUCUACAGGAACACCGGGAGAAAGAAACCCGACUUUCUGGCCACUGUGGAUGUCAACCCCAAAUCUCCGCGCUAUUGCCAGGUGAUCCACCGCCUGGCCAUGCCCAACCUGGGGGAUGAGCUGCACCACUCGGGCUGGAAUGCCUGCAGCAGCUGCUUCGGGGACGCCACCAAGAAGCGGAACCGCCUGAUCCUCCCCAGCUUGAUCUCCUCCCGCAUCUACGUGGUGGACGUGGGAACUGACCUGCGAGCUCCCAGGCUUUUCAAGGUUGUCAACCCAGAGGACGUCUUCUGGAAGUGCAACCUGGGCUACCCCCACACCUCCCACUGCCUGGGCAGCGGUGAAAUCAUGAUCAGCACCCUGGGAGACCCGGCCGGCAGCGGGAAAGGUGGCUUUAUUCUGCUGGAUGGAGAGACCUUCGAGAUCAAGGGGAACUGGGAGAAAGGGGACAAGGUCCCCCCAAUGGGUUAUGACUUCUGGUACCAGCCACGCCAUAACGUCCUGAUCAGCACUGAAUGGGGAAUCCCAAAAUGCCUGGGAUAUGGGUUUGACCCAAAUGACCUGAAGAAAGGGUGCUACGGACGCCGCCUCAACGUCUGGGACUGGACCACUCACACCUACGUCCAGGCCAUCGACGUGGGCGAGGAUGCGGCGCCCUUGGAGAUCCGCUUCCUCCACAACCCCGACGCCGCCGAGGGCUUCGUGGGCUGCACCAUCAGCAGCGCCAUCCACCGCUUCUACAAGACGGAGCGAGGAGACUGGGCGGCCGAGAAAGUGAUCCAAGUCCCCAGCAAGAAGGUGGAGGGAUGGCUCCUGCCGGAGAUGCCAGGCUUCAUCACCGACAUCCUCAUCUCGCUGGAUGACCGGUUCCUGUACUUCAGCAACUGGCUGCACGGAGACAUCCGCCAGUACGAUAUCUCCAACACCCGCCAGCCCAAGCUGGUGGGACAGGUCUUUGUGGGUGGCAGCAUCGCCAAGGGAGGACCCGUGACCGUGUGCGGCGACGAAGAGCUGCAGAGCCAGCCAGACCCGUUCUUCAUCAAGGGGAAGAGGGUUCCGGGGGGCCCCCAGAUGAUCCAGCUCAGCUUGGACGGGAAGAGGCUGUACGUCACCACGUCCCUCUACAGCGCCUGGGACAGGCAGUUCUAUCCCGACCUCCCCAGGUAAGGACACCUGGAUAAACGAGGAUGAUGGUGGCAGCUCGUCAGGUGGGAGGCGCGGACCCUGCAGCCCCAGGGACCAAAUUUUGGCAGCUCCUUGGGGGCCAGGGCAGGUCCCCCCCAGCCACCCCCGCUGUCACUCCCCUGCAGGGAUGGCUCCGUCAUGCUGCAGCUGGACGUGGACACGGUGCAGGGCGGGCUGACGGUCAACAGGAGCUUCCUGGUGGAUUUUGGGAAGGAGCCCGAUGGGCCCUGCCUGGCGCACGAGAUCCGCUACCCCGGCGGGGACUGCACCUCCGAUAUUUGGGUCUAGACACCCCCAAAGCCCCUCUGCACCCCGAAACCCCAGCGCACGAGGGCUGGGGGAGUUCCUCACGCUCAGACCCGUGCGUCCUGCGCUUGCUUAAAUAAAACCGAGAGGUUGUCAUCCUCCUCCUCCUCUGCCGCAGCUCUCCCCGCCUCAAAUCUUGAACUGUUUUGAGGAGCCGAAAAACAAACGUGUGACCAAACCGGGGACACGACACCACUAAACCUCUUUCGACUUUCGAAAACUCUUUUGUCUUUCGACGCCAGGGGCUCGACCCCCGGCCCCUCGCGCCCUGCCAGCCCCUGGGCCCUUUACGCUAAUUAAAACUCCCUAAUUUACGCCAAACAACCGGUAUCUCUCACCAGAGGCGCCCACACACACCACGUGUGCGCACACACACACACACACCACGUGUGUGC